UGGAGCGAGAUCGCGCGCGCGAUGGGCACUCGGAGUGGACAACAGUGCGCACAGCGGUGGCGACACAAGGUCAACCCAGGGAUCCGACGGGAGCGGUGGAGCGAGGAGGAGGAUGAAAAGUUGAAGACACUGAAAGAGCGCUACGGGUCGAGAUGGGCAACGAUCGCGCGUGAAAUGGGUGGUCGCACGGAUCAGCAAUGUAUGGGACGGUGGAGACGACAUCUCGAUCCGACAGUGACUCGCGGCGCGUGGGCUCGGGACGAAGACGAGCUCUUGUGCGGGUUGUACGACGAGUACGGUCCGCGAUGGUCAUUCAUCUGUCAGAGCGUUCCGGGUCGCACCGCGCAACAAUGUCGCGCGCGAUGGUUUCAAGUCGACGGUAAGCCCAGGGAAGAGCGCGAUCAUCGCCCGUCCAGGCGGCAAUCGCCCGUCGAGACUUCAUCUCAUGGACCCGCGGAGGAUCAUCCAGCGCGGCGAUUUUCCGAUCAUGAAGGGUUGGUGACGCGUACUUCGAUCGAUUCGAUGCCCAUGGCGAGUCUGUCGCCAACACCAGUCGCUGAAAAACGACCAUUCAGUCACAUUCUGGCCGAAGUCAGCGCGCGCACGACGCAAAAGACUGGAUCGUUAAUAGAAUCCGCCUCCAUAGCGACUGCGCUCGGGCGCGCUUCGCCGGCGACUCUCUCAAAGCGCAAACAAGUAUCGACAGCGCUGGAUCCGAUGUCGCUUUGGCGCGACGUCGGCGGUACGAAAGCCGUCGGUAAGCGCAAACGCGGACGCCCGUCGAAGACGGUGGACGCGCCGCGGUCGCCGAUGGCGAGGCUUUCGGUACAAUCUCCUCGCGCAUCAUCGGUGUAUGCACCGCGAACGCGCGCGCGAGCGUCGACGGCAUCUGCAUCAUCCAAAUCUACGCCUCAUUCGUCAGUGAUUGGUCGAUCGACAGAAGAGGAUAAACUCUCCGUUUUGCUCGGCGUCGCGCUCGGUCGAAGCGACGGCGCGGCGCCGCGUUGAAUCGGCUAGGGAAAAAUAAUGUUGGUUUGCUGCUCGUGUUGUAACGACAAACUACGAAGAGAAAAACGUUUUUAUGAGCGCUGGAUUCGGGAGUCGAUAGCUACGCCGCGACGCACUCGAGGAGCGCUUGAAAGUCCGCCUCCUCGUUCGCGUCGGGGAGGGCGUCAAAGCGCGCGUCGUCGAGCCACGCGAAAUCGUCGAUGUCAAUCCCAUCGAGGUCAUCUUGACUUUCUGAAUGAAUCCCCGAUUCUGAUUCCGCGCCGCGGGCGAGGUCGCCGUCCAGGCUCCCGAGCGCGCCCUCGACGUCGUCCGAGUUCGCGCUCGGCGAGUUCGCCCGUCGUCGUCGUUUGCGGUUGGCAUAUUCAUCGCGCUUUUCUCGCCGGCGCGUGGCUCGUCCCCGCGCGUCGCUCCAAACGGGCCCUCUCCGACGCGUCGACGAGACGAAUCCCUUCGUCUCCUCUUCGCGUCUUCGAUAGCCCUCGCGACGCGCGCGAGUUCCGAGCGCGUAGUCCGGCUUCGCGACCGCGUAUAAUCCGCCCCCGACGACGACGGCGUCCGCGCCGGCGUCCGCUCCCCAUCGCUCGCGCGCGACGACGCCACCCUUCCGUCCCAUCCCGCGCGCCGCUCGCGCGUCAGCUCCGACAGCGCGUCCUUCAGCACCGCGUUCUCCGUCGCGAGCGCGCGCGUCAACCGCUCGAGCGCGUCCACGCGUCGCCGCGCGUCCCGCUCGAGCGCCCGCUUCCGCGCCCGCGACGCCGCGCUCGCCGCGCGAUUCGCCUCGAGUCGACGCGCGCGUCGCGUCGCGUCGUCCGCGUCGCGCGUCGCCAUCGCGCGCGCG